UUUGCCAACGGUGUCAUCGCAGAGCAGCACGAGGGAACAACGUCACCCCAGACAUCACAAGUGACACUGCAGAGCCAGCCUCAGCCUCAGUCCCUGGGUUUUCCUGGCCAACUGUGGGACAGCUCACUUAAGCACACUGUGCUAAGUUCAGCUCAAGUCCCGCAGGUAGGUGACUUUUACAGGACAGACCUGGAGAGAGAAUUGCUCCCCAGCUGGACAGAAGUCUCCACAGAUAAUGAGAUGGCCCUCAGGGGCAUCCCUCAGGUGGAAAGAGUCUUCUCUCAGGAGAUGUGCGAACCCAAGACCAACAUCGUCUUCCUGAAAGUCCACAAGAGUGCCAGCAGCACCGUCAUGAACAUCCUCUUCCGCUUCGGUGAGACGCACAACCUCUCCUUCGCCUUCCCCCUGAAGGGUGGCCACCAGCUCUUCUACCCGCAGCACUUCAUGGCGAGGUUCGUGCAGGGCUUCUCCCCGGGGAGGCCUCCCCAAUUCAACAUCCUCUGCCACCACAUGCGCUUCCUGCAGCCAGAGGUGCAGAAAGUGGUGCCCAGCACAGCCAUCUACUUCUCCAUCCUGAGGAACCCCGUGCAGCUCAUGGAGUCUUCCUUCGUGUACUACAAGGGCACCUCGGCGUUCUCCCGCGCCCGCAGCCUGGAGGAGUUCCUCAGCCAGCCCUACCUCUACUACAACCCCACAGCCAGUGACAGCCACUACGCCAGGAACCUCAUGACCUUCGACUUUGGCUUCAACCCCGAUGGAGAGGUCUCAGCCAAGCGGGUGCACCUCAUGGUGAAGGCCAUCGAGGCGUCCUUCGACUUGCUCCUCAUCUCUGAGUACUUUGACGAGUCCAUGGUGCUGCUGAAGGAGACGCUGUGCUGGGACCUGGACAGCGUCGUGUCCUUCCCGCUCAACAGCAGGGACAGCAGCACCAGGUCGCCGCUCUCGGGAGCCAUUGUGGAGAAGAUAAAGGACUGGAACAAGCUGGACUGGGAAAUCUACACCCACUUCAACAGGACCUUCUGGGAAAGGAUCGACCGAGACAUCGGAAGGGAGCGCAUGCGGCGGGAGGUGAAGGUGCUUCGGGAGAGGCAGGCGGAGCUGGCAAGGACCUGCCUGCAAGGGAUGGGCAGCGUGGGCCCUAAGGACAUCAAGGACUCCUCCCUGCGGCCGCUGCAGCACGGCAAUGCCAAAAUCCUGGGCUAUAACCUCAAGCAGGGCUUGGACAAGGAGACGGAGACCAUGUGCCGGCGGCUGGUGACCCCGGAGCUGCAGUACAGCACCGCUCUCUACAAGAAGCAGUUUCCCCAGAAGCCCCCCCAGCAGCCCCCCCAGCUCGUCCCCUCUCAGCAGGGCAUGCAGCAGGGCAGCGUCUUGCGGCACAGGCUGGAGGGCACCCAAAACUGAGCCACC